AUGCUUAUUUCAACUUUUAUCAUUUCUUCAUUGCUCUCUAUAGCAUUAGCAAACCCUAUCCCUUCAAGAGGUGGAACACAAUUUUAUAAACGUGGUGAUUAUUGGGAUUACCAAAAUGAUAAAAUCCGUGGUGUUAAUUUAGGUGGGUGGUUUGUUUUAGAACCUUUUAUUACUCCUUCUUUAUUUGAAGCUUUUGAAAAUCAAGGUCAAGAUGUUCCUGUUGAUGAAUACCAUUAUACCAAAGCCCUUGGUAAGGAUUUAGCUAAGGAAAGAUUGGAUCAACAUUGGAGUUCAUGGAUUGUUGAAGCUGAUUUCCAAAGCAUUGCAGGUGCUGGUUUAAACUUUGUUCGUAUUCCAAUCGGUUACUGGGCAUUCCAAUUGUUGGAUAAUGAUCCUUAUGUUCAAGGUCAAGAGUCAUAUUUGGAUCAAGCUUUAGAAUGGGCUAAGAAGUAUGAUAUUAAAGUUUGGAUUGAUUUACAUGGUGCUCCAGGUUCUCAAAAUGGGUUUGAUAAUUCAGGUUUAAGAGAUUCUUAUGAAUUCCAAAAUGGUGAUAAUACUCAAGUUGCAUUGGAUGUUUUACAAUACAUUUCAAAUAAAUAUGGUGGUUCAGAUUAUGGUGAUGUUGUUAUUGGUAUUGAAUUGUUGAAUGAACCUUUAGGUUCUGUCUUGGAUAUGGGUAAAUUGAAUGACUUUUGGCAACAAGGUUAUCAUAACUUGAGAAAUACUGGAUCAUCUCAAAACGUUAUUAUCCAUGAUGCUUUCCAAACUUGGGACUAUUUCAAUGAUAAAUUCCAUACUCCAGAUUAUUGGAAUGUUGUUAUUGAUCAUCAUCAUUACCAAGUUUUCUCUCCAGGUGAAUUAUCAAGAAGUGUUGAUGAACAUGUUAAAGUUGCCUGUGACUGGGGUACAAACUCUACUAAAGAAAACCAUUGGAAUUUAUGUGGUGAAUGGUCAGCUGCAAUGACUGAUUGUACAAAAUGGUUAAAUGGUGUUGGUCGUGGUUCUCGUUAUGAUCAAACUUUUGAUUAUGAUCCUUCACAAAAUCAAAACUAUAUCGGUUCAUGUCAAGGUUCUCAAGAUAUUUCCACUUGGGAUGAUGAUAAAAAAUCAAAUUAUAGAAGAUAUAUCGAGGCUCAAUUGGAUGCUUUUGAAAAAAGAUCUGGUUGGAUCUUUUGGACUUGGAAAACUGAAACUACUCUUGAAUGGGAUUUCCAAAAAUUAUCAUACUAUGGUAUUUUCCCAUCCCCAUUAAAUUCAAGACAAUAUCCUGGUCAAUGUGAUUAA